AUUAUUCUUUGCUGUUAAGGGACAAUCGCUGUUCGCACUGUCAAAACUGCGUCCGAGCGAUAUAUAACCAGCGCUGCCUUACGUAUCCCACCGGGAGAGCCAGUGAUAGAUACUUAACCAGUCAAUAUCAUGGCAGCGAUCCUAGUAACCGGCGCCACCGGCAAGCAAGGCAGCGCGCUCAUCCGAAAUCUGGUCGCCAGAAACGCACCUUAUGAGAUCCUUGCCGUGACGCGAAACUCUAAUUCCGGAUUCGCCCAGAAACUGCUCCAACUCUCACCCAAGAUCAAGGUCGUGGAGGGCAAUCUGGACAACCCCGCGGGAAUCUUCGACAAUGCGCACAAAGCCACCCAAUCUCCGAUCUGGGGAGUAUACAGUGUCCAGAUGGCCAUCGGCAACGGCUCCCAGGAAGAACCCCAAGGCAAAGCCCUCGUCGACGAAGCCCUGAAGCAGAACGUCAAGUUCUUCGUGUAUAGCUCCGUCGAUCGCGGCGGUGAGGCCUCGUCUACCACCCCGACCAAGAUCCCCCACUUUCAGCAUAAACACAACAUUGAGCGGUACCUGGUCGAGAAGUCCAAGAACACGGAGAUGAAGUGGUUCAUCCUGCGCCCAACGGCGUUCUACGAGAACCUGGUCCCGGGCUUCUUCGGCAAGGUCUUUGCCACCUGCUUCAAGAUGGCCCUCAAGGGCAAGCCGCUGCAGAUGGUGGCCACCAGCGAUAUCGGCUACUUUGGCGCCGAGGGCUUCCUGCACCCGGAGGCCUGGGAGGGCAAGGCGCUCUCCUUGGCGGGCGAUGAGAUCACCUACGACCAGAUGGUCGAGAUCUUCCAGCGAAAGACGGGGCAGCCCAUCCCGUCCACCUUCCGGGUGCUGUGCUCCAUGUUCAUGGCCUCGAUGAAGGAUAUGGGGUAUAUGUUCAAGUGGUUCCACGAUGAAGGGUACAAGGCUGAUAUCCCGGAGUUGCGGCGGAUGCACCCGGAGCUGAAGGAUUUUGGGACGUGGUUGGAGACGGAGAGUGAGUUUGAGACGAAAGAGUAAGGGGACACAGCAGAUGGUUCUGUUGAUUGGGUUUUGGCGUCGCUUGGAGAAUUUUAUUUGAAGAUGAAGAUGGAUGUAAACUAGCAAUCUUAUUGUAAUAAUUUGAUAAUGUUAUGCUAUUCUGG